CUCUUCCCCUUCUCUAAGAGGGAGGGCAGAGAUCGACGAGUUAAUUAUAUCCACACCCUCUUUCCUUUUCUCCCCUGCAGCUUUCAUUAAUUUCAUAAUUUCUUUUAAUUUGCUUGAAACAUGGAGUUUAAGCCUUGCCUCGUAUUCCUCCUCCUUGCUCUGGCAGUGGCGGCCGAGUCGGCUUCACUCCAUGAUGCAGCAGCUUGGGGUCUAACCAAAAUCAGCUCCGGCUCAGGCUCAGGCUUAGGCUCAUGCAAUGGGGGCUCAGUGGGUGAAUGCAUUGGCGAGGAAGCCGAGUUGUUGAUGGAGUCUCACCAAAGCCGACAUCUUGCCGCGAGGCAUAAGUUCAUUAGCUAUGCAGCCCUGAGAGCCAACUCGAUUCCUUGUGGCCGCCGCGGUAAUUCCUACUACAAUUGCCAAAAGAGGCAGAAAGCUAACCCUUACAGGCGCGGCUGCAGCCGCAUCACGCAUUGCGCCAGGAUCACUAAUUGAAGAAUGAACGUACAACACCGGAAGAGAGAGAGAGAGAAAAAGAAAAAGUGCUAGCUCUGUUUAUUGAAUGAUACAACAUGGGAUCGAUUCUUCCGAGAUUUAAAAAAUUUCCUCCUUUAAAUCUUUUUAACUUUAAUA